AGCCCACGUGGGGCCGUCCGCGCACGCGCGGAGGGGGCGGGCCGGCAAGAGCCGCAGGGGCCGCCGGGAACAGUUGUCCUGAUACACGUAUGUGAGAGAUACCCAAGGAUACCUACUGUUGAAUGAAAUGCUGGAUUGAAAGGGAUUUCUCCACAUGGCUCCAGAAGAAGUGACCAUCACAGUCCGUCUCAUUCGUUCAUUUGAACACCGCAACUUCAGACCUGUUGUGUAUCAUGGGGUUAACUUGGACCAAACUGUAAAGGAAUUUAUAGUAUUCCUAAAGCAAGAUAUACCUUUAAGGACCAGCCUACCACCACCAUUCAGAAACUACAAAUACGAUAAACUGAAGAUUAUUCAUCAAGCACAUAAAUCAAAGACGAACGACCUUGUGGUGAGCCUGGAAGAUGAUGACAGACUCCUGCUGGAAGAAGCAAGCACUCUGAAAGCAGCCGGCAUUGCCAGUGAGACUGAAGUUGCAUUCUUCUGUGAAGAAGAUUAUAAGAACCACAAAGCUAAUCCCGUUUCAGCCUGGUGAAGACAUCUCGAGGACUCCUUUCCGCAAACCUGGAUUAAGCUCUUUAUUCCACCAGUGAGUUUUGGAAAUUGACGAAUCUGGAAACAAAAUUCAUGCCAGGCCCUACCAUGGGAGCUGAAGGCUGGUGAUUUCCCUGCCUCUCUCUCUCUCUCUCUUUCUGCAGAUCUCGUCCUUUGCUCUCCAUUUGCCCCUACUCCCCCUUCCAUAUUUCCUCUUAUAAUACAGUGUAUUAUAAGAAAGCAAUCUCAUUUCCUGAAAGUGAAAUAAAGUGGGAUUC